UCGGAUCUAUUUCAGUAAUUUCCCAGAACGCAGUUUCGGACGCUGUGUGGCGGCGACUUCCUCUUGUUCCCAGAAAAAGGAGGAAAGCACGCUGCAAGGGAAUGUUUCUCACCGGCUUUGGCACUUUGACUGUGCUUUACCCAUCCCUGUGGUCCGCCAAAAUCUGAGAGAGACGAUACGAGAGGUCCCUGAGGUUUGGAAGCAACAAGUUACAGUCUGAGCUACAAGUAAUAACAGAAGGAGAGGAUGGCACUGUGGGCCAAAGCACAAACCCUGCAGGGGGAUGCCCUGCAGCAAAUGCAGAACCUGUAUGGAACACACUUCCCCAUCGAAGUGAGACACUACUUCGCUCACUGGAUAGAAGACCAGCCAUGGCAGGACAUAGACCCAGACGUGCGAGGCCACGAAGGGAAGGCCCGAAUGAUCCUGGACGCUCUCAUCAAACAACUCCAGUACAAGUACGACCAGCUGUCUGACACAGACUUCCUGCUCCGACUGAAGAUGAAAGAAAUCGCUGACCACUUCACAAAAAAUUAUGGCAGCAACCCUCUUGACCUAGUCCGCAUCAUCAAACACUGUAUCUCAACGGAACAGGCAUUGGUGGAUCAGGCUACUGGGCUGAAUCAGGAGAUGCUGAGCGCAGAAGGCGCUGCUCGGUCAGAAACCAACAGGAAAAUCUCGGAGGCCUUCCAGCUGCUGAAACAGUUCACACAGGAGACAGAGAACGACCUGAGAGUCAUGCAGCAGAAACAAGAGUUCUUUGUUAUUCAGUAUCAGGAAAGCAUCAGGUUACAAGCCCAGUUACAGCAGGUACAGCAGCAGCCAGCCCAGGACCCCACCAGGGUGCUGAAUGAAACCAACCUGACGAAGAAGAAGGCAGAGGUGGACACCCUGUUACAGCAGGAGGCCCAGCAGCUCUUACAGAUGAGAAUUACUCUUGCAGAGAAGCACAGAACAACAUUCCACCACCUGAGCGAACUGCAGCAGCGAAUCGUAGAGGAGGAGCUCAUCCAAUGGAAGAGACGACAGCAGCUCGCGGGAAAUGGCGGUCCGCAGGAAGAAACUCUGGAUCUGUUACAGCAGUGGUGUGAAGCCCUGGCUGAGAUCAUCUGGACCAACCGACAGCAGAUCAAGCGAGUGGAGAUGCAGCGGCAGCAGCUGCCCAUCCAGCAGCCUGGUCCUGACAUCCUUCCUGAACUCAGCACCACUAUCACAGCACUGCUGUCUCAGCUGGUCACCAGUACCUUCAUCAUUGAAAAACAGCCUCCACAAGUCCUGAAGACCCAGACUAGGUUCCAGGCUUCAGUCAGACUGCUGGUUGGAGGGAAGCUGAAUGUACACAUGAACCCACCUAACGUGAAGGCCACUAUCAUCAGUGAAAACCAAGCAAGAGCACUGCUGAGAAAUGAGAGGAUCAAGGACAAUGACAACAGUGGAGAAAUCUUGAACAACACAGGAGUGAUGGAGUAUCAUCAGGCAACCAGGAUCCUGGGAGUCACAUUUAGGAACAUGCAACUGAAGAGAAUCAAGCGACCAGAGAAGAAAGGCCAGGAAACGGUGUGUGAGGAAAAGUUCACCAUCUUGUUCCAGUCCCAGUUCAGUGUUGGUGGAAAUGAGCUGGUCUUCCAAGUCAGGACUAUGUCCUUACCAAUAGUGGUGAUUGUACAUGGGAACCAGGACUCUAAUGCCUGGGCCACCAUCCUGUGGGAUAAUGCCUUUGCAGAGCCUAACCGUAACCCGUUCUGCGUGCCGGCUGAAGUGACGUGGUCCCAGCUGGCCAGCGCCCUGAACUGUAAAUGGACGUAUGUCAACGGGAGACCACUGUCUGACAGCAACAUGAAAUACCUGGCAGCCAAAGCCUUUAACAUCAACAACCCUCCUGAGUCGGAAGAUUUUGGACAGUCGAAGAUCUCCUGGUCGCAGUUCAACAAGGAGCCUCUCCAGCCCAACAGGAGCUUCACCUUCUGGCAGUGGUUUGAUGGGGUGAUGGAGCUGACCAAGAAGAACCUGAAGGGACCAUGGGAGGAUGGGACAAUCUUGGGUUUUGUCAACAAAGACAGAGCCAGGGACACCAUGCUGAUGUCCAAACAGAAUGGCACCUUUCUGCUGCGCUUCAGUGAUUCAGAGAUAGGGGGCAUCACUAUCGCAUGGGUAGCCCAGGACCCAAAUAACCCAAGUGAAAGACAGGUGUGGAACCUGCAGCCGUUCACUACGCGGGACUUCGGGAUUCGUUCCCUGGCUGACCGUAUCCACGACCUGCCUCAUCUGGUCAACCUGUACCCCGACAUUCCUAAAGACGAGGCCUUCUCUAAGUACUACACACCUAUUCGAGAGAAGAACCCCCAGAAUGAUGGCUACGUUCCCGCGGCCCUGAAGGCAACAGUAGAAACCUUACCCCCUCCCAUCGCCUCCCCGAUGACCUAUGACAACCCCAACACCCCCCUCCCCAUGGAGGGGCCCACCUCCCCCACAGAGAAACCCACCAUCAUGAGUCCGGACUCUGAGAUGCUCGGGGCCUGCGGACCAGCUGACUUUGACGGGUGAAUACACUCCUUUACAUUUCCGCAAUGGUGGCGAGGCAGACAUGUCUGACGACUUCUUGAGUGAGUUAUCAAAUCUCUCCUCGGAAAACCUGACGGACAACAUAGAUGUCAACAAGCUUCUCAACCUGGAGUUUGUGGACAAGGACGCCAAACCCUUCUGAGUCAUUGUCUUUCUCCUUAACAUAUCAUUAUCAAAACAGCUAAUCAUUUGAAAUUCUAUACCAAUGAGACAUAUUAUACAAGAAAAAGCACUAAUCUUCUUACUCAGUAGAGAUUGUUAGGCUAAAUGAAUGUAUAUACUUUUUAACAUUUCUGCUCAUUGUAUUGGGUUAAUGCUGGGGUAAAAUUCUUUACCUCCAUGAAACGGAGGUUUUGUAGUCACUUGCUGUCAGUGUGUUUGUCACUGGUCUGUCCAUACUUACGGUUCUGCAGUUGGGACUUCAAUGCUAGGCACAUCAGAGAUACUGGCAGGAAGUCUGGGUUAAAGGUGACAGAAUGUUGACAGGAAAUUAUAUUAAUCACAGUUUACCCCUGGCCAAUGCCUCAGGCAGUGUUUGUCCAUAGAUACACUCAAGAUAGCGCAAAAAUUAUUGAAAAUUAGUCUACAUUUAAGCAAAGAAACCCUCGGAGGUAAAAAAAGAAAUUUACAUAAGCUCGGUAACUCCACGGAUAUGUGAGAUGAUUCUGUGGUUAUUUUCUUUUGGGCUUUGGAUUGCUUGACUUGGUAUUUUCAUUUGUGUCCUGAAAAUCUGACAGACUCAGUGUGUAUAGAGUUGAGGGCGGACUACAGUGCCAGGCGGUACAGUGGGUUUUGGAGCUUUGGGGCUGAAGAAUUGUUAGGACAGCAGCAAGCUAUUAUGAUAUGAUUGUGAAAUUAUGGAAAGCAUUUUUACAUGAUUCCAAGACUUUAAAAGACUGCUAAACAUGUCAGAUGAGAUCAAGAAAUGCAACAAAAAUGUCCUGUGGUGCUAUGGCCUAUUGGAAGGUACACACUGUACGGAAGAGAAAAUCUUCUUGUCCAGCUUAGGUGUGUGCACUGUUUUAUUCAAAAGUACCUAGGUUUGAAAUUCUCUAUAUAUUGGGAUAUAUAGAAUUCAAACUUGACUUGUGACUGGUGUAAGUUGUAGUAAAAUUGUGUUCAGUGUCAUAAAGGUAGUGUAGUAUAUUGUCUUUGAGGACUUUAGAGUACACAAUAUAGUAAAAUGUAUUAGGCCUGCAUAUUUACAAUAUUCAGGAAAAUGAAAUUAAUACAGUUUUUUUUUGUAUGAAGAUUGAGAAGGACCAGAGGACUGGUCAGAAGAUUCUUGGUAAAUGCUUUACUUUAUUACAAGUAUGAUGACACAAAGCAUGGUAUACAUGUAGGUCUUAAAACGUUUGUGGGUAGGAAUUUAAAAUCAAAAUCAUCAUGAAAACAAACUGCAAUUUUGUCAAUCCAAGCGACUGCUACACGCAUGCCAUGGCAGUGCCAAUUGUUACUGCCUCAUUCAUGGCUAAACGUGCUUGUACUGAACAUGAAUCUUUCCAGGCUUGUGCCGUAUUUUAUACAUGAAAAUGUUGCUGCUGUUAUCAUAUUAUACUCUACAAAAGUUAUAAAUCUAUAACUACAAUGUAAUUGUGGUACACUUAAGUUUCUUGAUUAUGAUACUGGCUAUGAAAUGGAUUUUUGCUUUCAAUGAGCCAAAAGCUGCAUCUGUACUCUGUGUGUGUGUGUGUGUGUGUGUGUGUGUGUGUGUGUACAUGUGUGUGUGUGUGCAGAUGUGAGGAGGGUUGAAUACAAAUGUCUCUGUAUGUGAGGUGUAAGUAUGUGUGUGUUGGGGAGGGGGGCAGGGAAGAAUGUGUGUUUGUGUUGUCAGAAAGCUUUUAAUCACAUUAUCCAAUUUCUAUCCUUUGGAAUUAUAAGGAAGGUAAAAAUUUUACUUUGUGUUCAUCUAUUCAAAGCCAAGUUUGAAGCAGUAUUUUGUUCCUAUAUAAAAACAUAGAUGGGGGAGGUUUUAGAAUCACAGUACUAAGAUUAGGAUUUGGGAUAGGAUUUUUAGAAGAAGCGGCAUCACGGAAUACAAUGUUUAAUCCUGACAUACAUUUGCCAAAGUGUCAGAUGAAAGUACUGUUUCAUUUUGAGCUACACUUAUCUGUAGACACAAGUGUCCUUCUAUUUGCAAGCAUGAGAAAAGGAAAUACAGAAGAAAAAAAAGGAGAUGAAAAAUAGAUAUACUUUUGUAUGGUGAACAGCUUUCAGUAAUUUUGCAUUGAUCAUGAAUGGUGUCUUAUAAAACCAGGAAAUGCAACCAUAGUGAAUGACGUAGUUAUGUAACUAACCAUUGAACAGUAUUGCAAUCCAUUUGGAAGGUAUGUUUAAAGCUAUUUUCGGUGGAGAGUAAAGAUGUUUGUUGCGUUAGGGCUGUUCUAGGAGAUAUAGAAUAUAAACAAGAACCAAACAGAGCCUCAGAUAUCUAAAAGCUUUAAUAGCAGAGGCACAUGAAUGUACAUUGUAUUGAACAAGUUGGGAAUUAUUCUAAAAUAGCUACUAGACACACACGCAAAAAUCAAUUGUUUACCUGUAGGAAAAGUAUGCAAACUGUUCAAAAACGCUUAGUUGAUACCCUUAUUCAAAGUAUUUAAUUAAAAGCAACUCUUACUUCCCCAAAGAGCUAGUACUUCUAUUGGACUAGCUUUUUUAAUUUUCUUCAUCUGAUGAUUGCAAAAUCAUUGAAACCAAGAAAUUUUAAAGUAUUCAGAGAUUACGUUGAUGUGUAUUCACAGGACUCAACACUUCUGCAUACACAGCUGUGAUGUUUACCUAAUAUUAAUAACUGAACCCUUAUUUUCAUGACAAAUUUCCAAGAUCAGCCCUGACAACUGGAUACAUGACUAAUAUUGCUACUGUGCAGGAUGCUUAGAGAGAGGAACUGACAAUCAUAAUUAGAUUCAAAAAGUUCUCCAUUGAUUACUACAUUUCUGUGCCCACCCAGCUGCAGUCUCUCAAAAACUUUUUAUUGCCAGUUUUAUACUGUAGUGAGAGCUUGUGUGAACCAUGUAAUAUGUAAACAGCGACGAAAAGCCAGUCAGAGCAGUUCAGUGUACUUCUACAGUAUGUCAGAGCAUUUCUUGUGGAUUUUUUGUCUUUCAGCUAUAGUACUGUAUAAUGGAGUAUGUUUAUAAUAAAGAAAAUCAGAAUU